GCUUGCGGCGGCGGCCAGGUCCACUCUGUCGUCGGAGCCUGGCAAGUGCUGCACGGUGCCUGCGCCAUUGUGGAUAACUGCAUUCAAUCCCCCAACUAUCCUGCGAAUUACAGCAGCAAUGGGCGGUGCGCCAUAGUGACAAACGGCAGCUUCAUGGCUCCUCUGCAACUGGUGGAUUUCUCCACAGAGCGCUUUUACGAUGUCUUGACCAUCAACAACAUGCAGUUCAGUGGCCUCAGGAAGCCUUCCGGCGUCACCCCUCGGGGCACAAUCGCCUGGAAGUCCGAUGAGGACAUCGAGGCGAAAGGUUGGAAGCUUUGCUUGGGGCCAAAGCCCUCGCCACCGGCAGGUGGUGGCAUUUUCUCCGUUCUGGAGGGGCCUUGCACGAUGGAUUCAGAGGGCUGCGCUGUGUCACCGAAUUAUCCCAGCCACUACGAUUCUCUUCAAGGCUGCAUUAUCCAAGUUUACAAUCCGGAGAACAAGACCAUUGCGGCGAAGGACUUCGUGACUGAAGCCAGCUACGAUGUGCUCUGGGUGAAUGGACGCAGAUAUUCAGGCUCGAGCAGUCCGGACGGUAUCGUUCCCAGAGGACCCAUCCAGUGGAGCCCCGACGAGGACGUCGAGGACAAGGGCUGGAAGCUCUGCCCGGGUCCCGUUGGCCAGCCAGAGGAAGGUCCCGGUGCUGCGGAGCAGGGCUACUAUGGGGAAUUUGGCUAUGGCGAAGAUGAGGAUGGGGCACAGUCCGUCACAGAGCCAGGAACCGGGCUUGAGCAAGGUUCGUCGGGUGUUGCCGAGGAGAAGCCCUUGGAGGGAGAGGAAGUCGAGGUCAAUGGCACCUUGCCCUUUGGCAAGAUCCUGUUGGCGACUGCGGCGCUGUGCCUGACUGGGGUCCUUUGCCUGCGUUGCCGGAGAAAUCAAGACAAAGGUCCUGGCGGGUUCUCCACCAGCUACGGGCGAAGCUAUGCCCUGGACAAUCUGUGA